ACAGUGCGCAUUUCCGCCUGGCGCCAACUGUCAUAGCUCUGUCUCUUUCGCCCGUUCUCUCUCUUUUCCGGCCUGUACGGUAGUUGUGUGAACACAUUUUUAUCGAGGGCCCCGAGGAUAACCAAACUCGACCAAGAUGGUGAAGGGAAAUCAUAUGAUAUCUAAUGGCCACUUCCACAAGUACUGGCAGCGGCACAUCCGGACCUGGUUCAACCAGCCCGCCCGGAAGUACCGCCGCAGGCAGAACCGCAUCAAGAAGGCUAAGGCGGUGUUCCCCCGGCCGGCUGCCGGUCCGCUGCGCCCGGUCGUGCGUUGCCCGUCCGCCCGCUACAACACCAAGAUCCGCCCGGGACGUGGAUUCACCCUGGCCGAGCUGAAGGGUGCCGGUCUGACCAAGGGCUUCGCGCAAACCGUCGGCAUCGCCGUCGACCCGCGCCGCCAGAACAAGUCGGUCGAGAGCCGCCAGCAGAACAUCCAGCGGCUGAAGGAGUACCGCAGCAAGCUGAUCCUGUUCCCGAUCCACCCGAAGAAGAAGCUGCGCAAGGGCGAAGCGACCGAGGAGGAGCGCAAGCUGGCGACCCAGGUCCGCGGCCCGGUGCUGCCGAUCGUCAACGAGAAGCCCGCCGUCGAGUUCCGCCCGAUCACCGACAAGGAGAAGAAGUUCUCGGCGUUCCUGGCGGUGCGUCAGGCCCGUCUGCACGCGCGCCACUUUGGGGCCCGCGCCAAGAAGGCCAAGGAGAACGCCGAGAACGAGGCGAACCCGGCCGCGGCCACCGAGAAGAAGAGCAAGAAGUAAAACGUUGACUUACUGAUUUGUCUCUGAACGCUUCCGGUGUGUACCAUUUUACUGAUUACUUUCUUCUUUUUUCAAUUCGCGUCGUCGUCGUCGUGUAAGUGAGUGCAAAACAGCUGCAGGAUGGAAUAAAUACUAAUGCGUGUUGGGAUGAGCAUUUCCAAUUACCCUAAA